UUAACUGAGUGGCGCGAAUUUUGCAUUGGAAUUUUAAUGAUGUUUGCAUGCUUUAUGCUUAGCUUUACUAAACCCUUUUAGCUCAAAUGCGUCUAGCUUAUCUUAUUUAAUUGAUUGCAACCUGCAUGGCCAAUAACUUUGGGUGCACAAUUGCGUGUCAGAACUUUGCAUCGGGAUUUGUUUAUUUUGAUAAGAUAUUAUUGAGAUAUUCUUUAUAAGUUGACAAGUAACACAAUGUAUUCUGUGAAAACGGUGAAAACAGUCAACUAGCCAUUCUCAUACUUAAGAUGACCUGGGACGUUACUUUAGAUUUCGAAUACGUCGUAACGAAGAAAGCGCCACCACGCAUAUGUUUUGGCACCAGCUUAAGCAGGGAAGUACUGCCUACAAAGGGUCCAAAUAUGAGUCCGUAUAUGCGUCGAAAUGCGUUCGAAGUCAGACCCAACGUCGGACCCGGAACUUAUGAUCAGAAACGAGAUGCAUUUUACGAUGUGACGAACAGGAUUUACAGUAAAUUUGGCUUGGGGGCGAAGACGCCACGAUGGCUGGCUAAACACGAGUAUCAACCUCCGCCGCGGGAGCCACCUAUGAAACAAAAGAUACCUCAGAAUUGCGCACCCUUCAACUCCACAUCCAAGAGGAAGGGGAUAUUCAAACCUUCGGACUGUCCGGCUCCUUGCGAUUACUGUCCAGAAUAUAAAAAAAGGCAAAUGAAAUUUGCUUACAGCUUUUCCGGUAAGAAAACCUUGAAAUGCGCUGUCGAGAUAAAAUGCGUACCAUAUAAUUUAGACGCGUGUGGAGUUUGCGGAUGUUCUUGUUCCGCUCAGGGCGACUAUUGGCAAUUUGAAAAUCGCAUAUUUUUAUGUAGAAAACAUUAUUCCAGGUUAUUUAAACAUUGUCUGGCUAAAUUCCAAGGUGCAAAACUUGCAGAGUUUAAGUCUGUGAGAGAUUGCUUCUUCGCCCAUGCGCACAAUAGCUGCAAAGCUGCCCUUAAAAUAAUGAAAAUUGAAGAAAUUGAAAAAAAACUAAGAAAGGAAGCUUAUUUGGACUUAUAUUUCCCUCAGCGUCGCAUCUGCAAUUAGAGUAUUUUUAAUAUCGUAUUAUAUUUAUUUAUCUUUUCCUUGGUGUAGAUGUAAUAUUUUACUAAUC